AGAGAGGAGAGAGGAGCACUUACUUUUCACUCCAGUAUCCAGUUUGCUUGCGAGAGCUCUGUAGGUUUGUCUGAUAUCGGCGCUCCUUCAAACCGUAUAUAUCAUUUCCAUCUUACAAUCUACAUAGUUAUAAUCAGGCCAGUCAGAUCGACAAACAAAACUGCGAAACUAACCUAUAAAAGUGAAUGUCUUAUCAGUGAUGUGAUAAAAGGUGGCUCGUUUUGUUCGGUGUGUUUCAAAUUUGGAGUAAGAAUUCUUGUUUCGCAAAAAAUAGCAUUCACACACCUAGUCAAAAAACAUUUCACAGUAAUUAUUGUAAUAAAAGAUGAGUAUUGGAUACAGUGAGACUAGUCAGUACUCAGGGACGUGUAUCGUGCAUUUUGAAAUCACGUGCAAUUGGAUUUAGAUUACAAAUCUGACCGGCUUUAAUACUGAAUUGGAGUGAGUAGCUGAUUUGGGCUCGGUGAUUAUAAAAUCAGGAACUCUUGCUUAUUGUUCACGGAACGCCAAUCGGUAGUUUUCGGAUAAUGUUUGCAGCAACGAUUUGCUGAAUACAAACAGUAGUUCCAGUAUUCACGUGAGGCAAUUAAAGAAGAUCGUUGAACCAUUUUGUCACCUGCAGUAGUCGCAGAAAUGGCUAGCAAACGGAAGCACUCCAUUCCCACGAAGGAAUGCCGAGCUACAAGUCCCGAUCCGCAUGAUCAUGAUGAAGAAUCGUACUCAGUACGCAAUGGUGAUAUGAGGGAUGAGCUGAGCCCAGGUGAGGAGAUUUGGCCAGGCUACGCUGCUACCAAGAAAUGUACUCCACCAGGACCCAGAGAACUAUCGAGUCCCGUUAUCCUGCAGGAUACAGGAUCAGUGCACGAUGAGACUUCAUCCAGUGGAAACAAAGAAGACGAUGAUGAUGACGAUGAGGACGUCGAUGAUCUGAAAACUCUUCCUCACGAUCCUGAGCGACUCAAGGCGUUCAAUAUGUUCGUUCGUCUUUUCGUUGACGAGAACCUGGAUCGCAUUGUACCAAUCUCGAAGCAGCCGAAGGAGAAGAUUCAAGCGAUUAUUGAUUCUUGUACAAGGCAAUUUCCUGAAUUUGCGGAGCGCGCCAGGAAGAGAAUCCGCACCUAUUUGAAGUCUUGUCGGAGAAAUAAGAGGACUAGGGAUCCCACCAACUAUCCUGAAUCGGUGCGUCCGACGCCUGCACAUCUGACAUCAGUGCAAGCCGAACAAAUUUUGGCUCAGGCUUGUGAGAACGAGAGCCAUAAUGCAAAGAGAAUGCGCCUGGGAUUGGAACCUGUCAGUCAGCCCAUGCCCAUUAUACCAGCAAGUGAACCAGUGACAACUAGAGCGACCAUGGACCAUCCCCACGCCCAUCCCCACGCGCUCUCCCAUCACCAGCAGCAUCAAUUCUCGCCAAUCGACACCAAAGUUGCUCAAUCGUCGAUCAUCAGCAACAACAACAACAUCAAUAAUAAUAACAACAACAAGUCGGAUAGCCCCAUUAUGGGCCACAAGGCAGAACAGGUGCAAACCUCGCACCAGCAUCUUAUCAAUUCGCAGAGUAUAAGCAGCCACUCUCCGAUGAAUGGGUCACCGUUGUUCAGACAGGCUAGUCAGGUGGCAUUUGCCCGCGGUGGCCAGGCACCUUUCGGCUUCGGAGCUACUCCUUUCGCUCACUCCACUCCGGCACCAAUCAUCGCCAAUGGGCCAACCGAUCUGAGCAUGAAGCAGCAGCAGCAGCAGCAAGGACCCUCUCAGGGCAUAAAGGGUCCGCUUGUCAGUCAUCGACUAAAUCCGACCGAAAUGGCAGCUGUGCGUCAGCUGAUUACAGGCUACAGGGAGUCGGCUGCCUUCCUGUUGCGAUCAGCUGACGAGCUGGAACAGCUGUUGUUGCAGCAGCCAUAACUAGCCGUUACCAUGCAGAGCCAAAGCAUUUUCCACAGGGGCUUCGUAGGUCUGCCCUGAGGACUAUUGACCAAUCCGUCCUCACCGUCUUCUAAUCUAUCUCUGUCAUCCACUUAACCGUAUUUGUUGUACAAUUAAGGAUAGUCAUCGAGUUUCAAGAUGAUUAUCGUAUGACCUGGUUGACUCACAACUCCUUAUUUCAGGGCUCCCAAUAACUGUUCACCUCAAUUAUUCAAAACUUUACUCUGGAAACAAUUGAUGCAGAUAUUCUAAUAGAUUCACAAUAUCUGCCAAUCCAUGUUCUCAAUGAAUGAAUCAAGGGCUCCUAAUUAUUCUACAACACCAACAAGAUCAACGGUUCAAAACUUUACUCUGGAACUAAUUGGUGCAGAUAUUGUAACAUAUUCACAAUAUCCGCCAAUCCAUGUUCUCAAUGAAUGAAUUCAGGGCUCCUAAUCAUUCUACAACACCAACAAGAUCAAUGGUUCAAAACUUUACUCUGGAACUAAUUGGUGCAGCAUUUAUUGUAACAAAUUCACAAUAUCUGCCAAUUUCAAUCCAAAUAUCGGUGUCGUCGUUUACCUAUCUUGCUUAAAAGAACUCAAAACUAAGCUACUUUAUGUCGGUGUUUGAUAGAUGUUUCCAAACCAAUUGAACAAACCUUAACCUAGGUUUGUAUACAUUGUGUAUACAUAUAAUGUAUACAUUGUGCUGUAAAAACCAGCUAGAAAUUUCGUCGAUACUAUUGUGAUGGAUGUCUAAGCUCCUCUAGCUGACUGUACUAAACAUGUUUCAUAGAUAUUGUGUCAAACCCUUAUUAAAAAAAAUAUAAGAAUCUCAGCGACCAGGUCAGAUUUUAUAGAUGUAUAUGUGUGUGGACAUUUUCAAUUCGAUACAUACCUGAUUCAUGUUAUUUGAUGGUACACUAAAUGUUCUAUCUAUCCUCUAUUAAAUGUUCGGUGUUUGCAGAUUUUGAUAUUCGUGGAUGUUUAAAGCUAUUUCCAAACUAUCUGCAUGAAUUCUCUAAAUACUUACCUUUAUCGAGAAUCAGGAAACAUUUUGUUAUCGUUUUAAAUUAUGUUAUUGCACCGUGGAAAAACGACUGAAAUUUAUUUUAUCAUUAUUAGCAUUGAUAGUCGAUUGCAUUUAUGCUGUGAGUGCGUGCUGCAUAAUUUUAUGAAUUUACACACGAAUCAACUAUUCUCUCUUGAAUACAAGUCCCUAUUACAAAGUAUUCCUGUUUUAAAAUUAUACUGGUGACCAAAUUAUUUCUGGUGAUAAUUCAAUCAAUCAUUCAUCAUCAAUGCAACCUGCAUGGAUAUCUCUGAUAUUUUCACAUAAUAUUCAACUUUUUUCUAGCAUGUCAGAUCAGAGUUUGUGAAUUCAACAUAAUACAGUGCAACGUAUGCCAGUCGUCUACCGAUCACUAAUUUACAUCGUUGAAUGCUCUACACGUGGUUGCAAUAUUUUCUUCUGUCAUUGAAGACAGUUUUCUAGCUCUUCCAUUAGGAUUCAUAUCCAAUUCGUUAUCACUCUUGUUCUUAAUAGAUGAAUUGUGUACAUUAAAUUAUGCUUUAUUCAGUUUGGUUAUUUGAGGUGAAGAACGUCUUAUUCAAUCACUUAUUUUCCAGUCAUCUUCUUCUUCUUUCAUUCCAGUUAUUCUGGUUGAUUUUCACUCUUGUCCUAGGUAGAAGAAUGUUGUAUUAUUGAGAACCUUUUUACUGAGCAUGAUGAAUUUAAAAUGGAUAAGUCAUAAUCAGUCAUCUUUGAUCGUUUUCAGUCGUUAUAUGUUAUAUUGAUUUCGUCAUACAUGUUCUUAGUGUGCACAUGAGCGAUUAUUGAGUUUUUUUUUAUUCAGCUUGAUGAUUUGAAAAAGGAGACAUUCAUUGUUUCAGUGUGGGUUGAUUACAUAGAUCGGAACAUUAUUGUUUUUUUGGAGUCUGUAGUAGAUGUGAAGAAAUCUAUCUAACAAACUUAACAUAAUUUUAAUUUAAUUUGCUAGCUUUCCCUAAUAAAGUGUUGAUGAUGAUACUUUACCAACUGUGUAGUAAUUCAUCUAACAAACUUAACAUAAUUCAAGAUCACUUAGCACCUAUUCCACGUUUCAUUUUUAAGAGCAUGGAGGUGACCUCUGAAUUUCUCAGUUAUGCUCAACUUUUGAUAGACUGCUGCUGUAGGUUCGAAUCCCACCAAUCGCAUGGUUGUUCAUGUAAUUAUCACAGUUCAUUUCCCACGCGUAAAAAACUUAUGCGAAUAAAAAGUUUAACCUACAUGAAUCACUCCUGUUUCAACACGACUGAAGCACUGAUAAACUUCAAAAUUUUGCUAGUUCUUCUUAAUAAAAGUGCUGAUGAUGAUACUGUACUAAACAAAAGAUAGAUUGUUGUAAAAUUGGAAUUGACCAAAAAAUCUGCUUGUUUCUUUUGAAGUAAGAAAUGAUAAUACUGCAUUUAACAAUCUUAUUAUAUUUGUUUAAUGUUUGAAAGAAUCAAUGAUCUGAAUGGUUUUUUCAAGUUACCUCAUAAAUAAUUUAUUAUUCAUACAAUACUUUGAAUUUCAAUCUUCUAUUUCAAACGACAUCAUGAUCUCAUGAAAACUAUGGAGCAUUUUCCUUGUGUGGAAUCUACAUCCCUCAAAUCUCAUGACAAAAAAGUAAGACAUUUUUUUAGUGUCGUUUCCAGUUUCAUUUUUAAUUGGACUUCCUUUAACCUUAUACAUCAUGCUUAUUUUCAUCUCUUAUGCCUGGUUCGAAAUGCACAUUGCUCAAAUAUCAUUUGGAAACAACAACACUGUUUCUCUAGACCCCAACAUGAUCGUCAUACGUUCUCAUGACUGUUAAGAAUAUAUUUUAGAAUCUGUUGAGAAUGUUUUUUGACCCACAUUGAUGCUAUGACAGGAAAGCAAGACAUUUUUUUAGUGUCGUUUCCAGUUUCAUUUUUAAUUGGACUUUCUUUAACCCUAUACAUCAUGCUUAUUUUCAUCUCAUAUGCCUGGUUUGAAAUGCACAUUGCUCAAAUAUCAUUUGGAAACAACAACACUGUUUCUCCAGAACCCAACAUGAUCGUCAUACGUUCUCAUGACCUUUGUGAAUAUGUUUUAGAAUCUGUUUUUUGACCCACAUCGAUGCUACGGCAACAGCCCAACAUAUCCUUUAUUUUACACAAUAUUCAUUUUCACAAAUAUUCAUCAAAAGUGUUUUCGUCAGUCGUCUGAGAAGUCGUACUAUGUUGAUGUUUUAGAAGAGUUCUAUCACAAAGAGGAAACUUCCAAAACAAACUUGUCCAUUUCAAUGUUUUCUUCUUGAGCCUCUUGAGGACUUUCAUAUUCUUUGUUUUGUGAAGGUUUCCAUAAGAUCACAAUCUUGGAAAUUCAAAGUUUAGAAAUCGUUUAGUGUAACUUCCUAUAUUGUUGGCUGGAGAGGAUAACGCUUGAUUGUCGAUUGUGAAUGAAUUAACCAUAAAUUAUCUGAGUUCCUGGUUUCUUUGUUCAUAGGGGUCUAUAGAUGAAGGGAAUAUUCAAAGGAGAGCGUAUUUAUUUCCUUCUAGGAAAUAAUAAAUAUUUGAAGGAGAGUACCCUUUGGAUACUUUUAAUCGCCUCAAAACUUGCCACUCCAACUUGUCAUUAUAAUCAUUUCUGAAUUUAUCUCGAAAGCAGUCUGGAAUAAAUUCAAACGUUGGUACUGAUGAAUUUAUAAGAAUAAUUUGCUCAGUUUUGUCAGUCAAGUUUCAGCUCUGCAGCUCAUCAUGAAAUGAUUGGUCACCAGUAAUAAUAAGAUCAACUCUUAUAUUGAGUUUAAUAAUUUCACUAGCCCUAGAAAGGAAAGUGAGUUUCUUAUAUUAUUAUUCUUAUUCUAUUAUUAUUAUUAUCACCUACCAAUUAUUAUUAUUAUUAUCAUCACCUACCAUUUAUUAUUAUUAUUAUUUCUGCUUAGAUCUCCUUUAGUAUGAUGACGCAAAUAUUUUUAAAAUGGAAAAUAAAUCCAGCAUUAUUAUUCUUCUGUUUAUAACCACCUUUUCUUUUGAUCUCUUCAAUAUUUUUUCGUGAAAUUAUUGUCUCACAUACUCUUGCAACAGAAACCAUCCCACAUUUUCGAUAUAUAAUCUGGAUAUAGUAGUAAUGUUAUGCAGAAUGCAUUCAGAAUGCAGAAACAUCAGUUGGACAGUAGAAAUCCAGUAACAUCAAAUGUUCGGUUUGGUAGAGUUACAUCCAACAAGAUUUGGUUUCGGGAGUGGAUAAACAGGGAAAGACUGAUUUUCAAUAUUUAUCCAAAAGUGGAUUUUUGCUGAUUUCUUUACCACCAGAAUUAUUCCUAGUUUGGGAACCAAUGUUCCACUAAAUCUCUCGGCUGUUGGUUUCUUUGUGGAGAUUUUGCAAGUUAUAAUUUUCAGAGAUUCUCAUUCUUAACGAUUUGUUGGACAAAUAUGUCUUCAAAAUAUAGUCCUUUUGUAAAAUUCUAUGCUCGAAUAGAGUCUUUAUAAAUGUUCUAUUUUCUUGAAAUGUUUCUAAAUCAUAUGAAUAUAAUGCUAUGAAAAAUAUUUUAUUAAGGAGAUUAAUGAUGUUGAAUGUGUAUAUGUUUCAAGUCACACUUGUCUAUAUGGAAGGCUAUCGUGUAUCAUUAUUUUCAUUCAAAAAAUUAUAAGAUUUUACACAACUAUAUAUGAGAAAAAUAAACGUUAUGUCGAUGUUAUCUGUUAAUUAAAUAUUUGUGAGAAAAGUUAAUUAAAUAUUUGUGAAGAAAGUUAAUUGAAUAUUUGUGAAGAACGUUUGUUCAAAUCGAUGUCAACUAAUUAAAAAUUCUAUGUAAUAAUAUAUAUGUCCGACAAUUUGGGAAUGAUACAUACCAUUGAAAAACUUGAUGUAUAGAUAAUUUUCUAUCAUCGAAUUCUUCAUGUAGACUUUUUCUAAAUAGAUAUGGAUUUAUAUUUGUCUUCACUUUUCGUAUGUAUGUAGAUUAUUGUAUAUUAUAUUAAAUAUAUAUUUUAUUCGUCAA